UACAUGUGACACAGCUACACGGAAGUGAAAUAUCAGUGCGGACAGCUCAUUCAAUGCUCUUAUUUUCUCUGCUCUUAAUUUCUUCAACUUCGUGUAUUUUUCUUUCUUUUCUUUUUUUUGGUUCGUUGCUCUGAACUUUAACAUAAUGCUGUGACCAUAUUCGUGUCCAUUUUAUUUUAUUUUGCGAGCUUAAAGUCAAAUGGGAACUAAAGUGAGGUCACCUUUAUUUAUUUGACUGUUUUAACUCGCAGUUGGUUGAUUUAAGAUUCAUGACUAUGCUCCCUUCAAAAGCAAGAGUUCUGCACAGGCUGCUCCAGUUUAGAUCCACAUGUUUUGGCUCUCCUUCAUGUGGAAAAGCAGCAUCUUCCAGACUAGUUCUGGGUAUUGAGACGAGCUGUGAUGAGACUGGAGCUGCAGUCCUGGACGAGACAGGUGAAAUCCUUGGAGAGUCUCUACAUUCACAGAAAGUUGUGCAUCUCAGGACUGGUGGCGUCAUCCCCAUGGUGGCCCAGCAGCUCCACAGAGAAAACAUAGAGCGUGUGGUCCAGGAGGCUCUGGAGAGGAGCAACGUGGACCCCAGCCAGCUCUCUGCUGUGGCCACCACUGUGAAGCCAGGCCUGGCACUGAGCUUGGGCAUUGGCCUCAAGUUCAGUCAGAAGUUUGUGAGGCAGCACAACAAGCCCUUCAUCCCCAUCCACCACAUGGAGGCCCACGCCCUCACCGUCAGGAUGCUUCAGCCCGUCGCCUUCCCCUUCCUGGUGCUGCUCGUCUCCGGAGGUCACUCGCUCCUCGCUGUGGCCAGAGGAGUCGACGACUUCCUGCUUCUGGGUCGCACUCUGGAUGAAGCUCCAGGGGACACACUGGAUAAAGUGGCCAGACGUUUGUCCCUCAUCAAGCACCCGCAGUGCUCCACACUGAGUGGAGGACAGGCCAUAGAGCUCCUGGCAAAGGAUGGUGACAGGACGAGGUUCCGUUUCACGACACCUAUGGGACAAACGUACGACUGCUGCUUUUCUUUCGCCGGGCUGAGAAAUCAAGUUACAAUGGCGAUAAUGAAAAAAGAGGCAGAGGAAGGUAUAGAACAAGGGACUCUGCUGUCGUGUGUGAAUGAUAUUGCAGCUGCCACUCAGCACACAGUCGCCACUCAUCUCGCAAAGCGAACACAUCGAGCCAUCUUGUUCUGCAAAGCGAACGGACUGCUGCCAUCGAGCAGUCCCACCUUGGUGCUGUCUGGAGGAGUCGCAAGCAAUCAGUACAUUCGUAAAGCUUUGAGCAUCAUCACGGAGGCGACAGGACUACAGCUGCUCUGUCCUCCGGCCAAAUUCUGCACUGACAACGGAGUGAUGAUCGCAUGGAACGGUGUUGAACGCCUGAGAGAAGGGAAAGGGAUACUGCCUCCAAGUGUGGACGUCUGCUACGAGCCAAAGGCGCCGCUGGGAGUCGACAUGACAGCAGAGGUGAAGGCAGCAGCCAUCAGGCUUCAGUCCAUCAGGAUGAAGAUCCCCAACUGACUGUUUGUUCUGUUCAGUGCAAACAAAUAUUUCUGUCGCUUGUAGAUCGUCUGAGUUCAAAUUAUAUACUGUGUAUAUAAUAUAUAUGGAUAAACACAUUAAGCAGCAGUUUAUGAAUAAAAUUGUUAUUAUACAUCUGA